GGUUACCCCGUCGAAACAAGCUGAUCCAUAAAGGUCGAUGGCCUCGGCGAUCUCGUUGGCUUGCUCGAAGCUUACGUUGGAUCGGUUCGUCCUCGAAAACCCGGGGUCAAGAGAAAUCUGUGAUCAAAAUUUGCUGAAGCAGGGAUGAGCGGUCACAACUAUGAUCAUGGGAAAUCUACCUCGAGUAAGAGGCAAAAAUUGAAGGAGUUGUUGCUUAAAAGUGAUAACCGUAUUUGUGCUGACUGUGGUGCCCCUGAUCCGAAGUGGGCGUCUGCCAAUAUUGGGGUAUUUAUAUGCCUAAAAUGUAGCGGUGUACAUAGAAACCUGGGCACACAUAUCUCAAAGGUUCUGUCCGUAACAUUAGAUGAAUGGUCUGAUGUGCAAAUCAACUCUAUGAUAGAAGUUGGUGGAAACUCUUGUGCCAAUGCAAUUUAUGAGGCUUUUCUUCCUGAGGGAUAUGCCAAGCCUAACUCAGAUUCCAAUUAUGAAGAAAGAGCAAAUUUCAUUAGGUCCAAGUAUGAGUUGCAAGAAUUUCUCAAACCAAGUCUACGUAUUGUUCCUUCAAAAAAUACUUCAACAACCUGUGGUUCUGGGAAGGACAGUGACAGUGUUUCUGGUUCUGCAAGUGUAAAUAAAACAUCUCAGGCAGGGAUGGUGGAGUUCAUUGGCAUACUGAAUGUUAAAGUGAUUAAAGGCACUAAUUUAGCAGUUAGAGAUGUGCGAAGUAGUGACCCCUAUGUUGUUUUGACUCUUGGACAACAGAGAGCCCAGACGGCUGUUAUUAAGAGCGACCUGAAUCCAGUUUGGAAUGAGGAGCUUAAGCUAUCAGUUCCUCAAAACUAUGGAGCCCUGAAAGUGCAAGUAUUUGAUCAAGACGUGCUCUCUUCCAAUGAUAUAAUGGGUGAAGCUGAUGUGAACCUCCAGCCGAUGAUCACAGCCGCUACAGCAUUCGGUGAUCCUGACUUGCUUGCUGACAUGCAAAUUGGGAAGUGGCUGCAGUCAAAUGACAAUGCUCUCAUCAGAGAUAGCACCAUCAACAUCAUUGAUGGAAAGGUUAAACAGGAGGUGUCACUGAAGCUACAAAAUGUUGAAUCUGGAGGGAUCGAUCUAGAACUGGAAUGGAUUCCCUUGGCCCAAUAAAUCACUAACACUAUCAUAAUCCGAAAUCUAUCACCAUUUUCCUUGACUUUGCGACUGCUGCAUAGUCAACUGUAACAUGCAUAAAUGGUGAUUCAUUCUUCUGUUCCGAUAAUUCUGUGCCUGUCUGUCUCAAUUUGGAUCAUCCUGGAUAUAUUUUGUCUGUCGGUAACAAUUUUAGAACCAUCAAAGAUAAGCUUGAUAAGCCAUCCA